ACGCUUGCACGCUGUACAGCAACAUCAGAUAGAAUGCCGUUCUUCAGCAUAGAUGCAGUGCACGCCCAUCCUGAAAUUUAUGCGGUUCGCAUCGAACUGGUAUCGGUUGUUCACACCGUCUCUCGUCGGAAGUUGGAUUGGAGGAAACACGUGCUGUCACAUCACAUCAAGCUACUCCAGUCAGGAGUCUCCGGCGAAUGCUCUGCAGCAACAACGUCAUUCUGCCUAUCCAUUCUCUGGCGACACGUCGGGAAUCGAUCUUGGAGUUGGCCGCCACGAUUCAGCUCUGGGGACUUGCCCUGGUCGCCCAAUUUGGCUCUGACCGAAUAUCUUGCUCCGCCGGGACGCAUGCUCAUUUCUGUUGACUCGGACACUCAGAAAAUCGUGCCAGUCGACAACGGCGCCCUCGGGAGUGUUAUGGAAACACCAAUCCGUGUACUCGUUGUCCGCGGAGGCAAUGUCAGUCGCACAUGCCGCCGGUUAGCCGGAAGCGGUGAUUGUGCCCAAGGCUCCUAUUGGCGCGGUCCCGUUGAACAGGACCUCAUUCGCCCAAGCCACAGGGCGCGGUCUGGACUGAGCACCGGCGGGACAGAGGGAUAAGGGAUCAAGUCCCAGGGCGCGGCCCCGCGCACAGCUUGAGAAGGAACGGCAUGGCAUACAACGUGUUGUCGUAGGACGUCGACUGGCAGGUUUGGGGAAGAGUGGGCAAUCCGCGCCAGCUCGGAAUGAGGCAUGCGUCUACGGUCGCAACACAAAAGCAAAGAAUCGGGCAUGCUACCGUCCCAGCGGUACUCCGGCGGGAGUGUGCCGCGGCCCCGCGAAUACCUUCGCGGUGUGCGGAACUUCAGUCGGUGCCCAGCGGGUCCCGCCGCGAAUCUAUGUAGCCCGCCAAAUGGUCAUGUUUCUGAUGUUCACGACUUGGAUCAGUCCAUGGAAGAUCUGUAACACCAGGAAGCCGCACGGCCGUGAAUUCUAGAAUUCUGAAAAUUU